UCCGUGCCAACAAUCUCACCAAGGAUGGGUAACGUGAGAUUUAAUCAUCGAUGGUGGAAAAAUCUCCCCGACUCCAUGUUGGAAUUGAUAAGCCAAAGAAUUGCGUAUCGAACAAGAGAGAAUAGUCCUUGAGGAAUGUGGGUCGGAUUUAUUGGUAUUAACCAGGUCCCAUCGCCUUCAACCAUUGCGACAAACCACGCCGCUCCCUUCUCUCCAAUCAACCCCGCACGCGGUCAGCAAAAACCCCCUAGUAUUUCAACUCGAUUCCAAGACUAUGACGCUUUGCAGCGCGUAUGCAGCGUUGCAUUGAAACCUCUUCAUCGGCGAAAUGACCCCAACGAGGCAAAGUAGACGCGCUGCCAAGAUGUAAAGAAGGUUGUUCCAGUGGAGGCGACUUGCCUAGGUACCUUACCUGCCCGUAUAUGUAGAGGAGAGCACUUGAACUGGCUCCUGUAAUCCAGUCGUACUCGCAGUAUCUACGCCCAUUUCCAAAUCGUCGUGGAAAUUCGCAGCUGCGAGACAUCACCUCCUCUGCUGCCUACCAUGAAAGCCACCGCUCUCGCCGCCAGCCUCCUGGCGACCACGAUCCUCUGCACUCCGCUGCGCAUCAUCUCCUACAACAUCCGCCAGGCCGUGGUGAUCCCUACCAUCGGCGAGCGCCCAUGGUCCGAUCGCCGUCCGCUGCUAACCACCCAGCUCAGCUACGAGACGUCCAACCGCCCCGAGUCGCUUCUGUGCAUGCAAGAGGUCCUCCGACAACAGCUGGUCGACGUUCUGACCGGUACCGAGGGCACGUGGGCGCACGUCGGCGUGGGACGAGACGACGGCCAGGACGGUGGCGAGUUCUCCCCGAUCAUAUACCAGCCCGACACGUGGGAGCUCGACGCGAACCGCACCUACUGGCUCAGCGAGACGCCCGACGCGCCUGGCUCCAAGGGCUGGGACGCGGCGUACCCACGGGUCGUGACGGCGGCUAGGCUGAGGCACAGGCAGACUGGCGGCAGGGUCGUGCUGCUCUGCACCCACUUUGAUCACAUGGGCCAGGUCGCGCGGGAGAGGAGUGCCGACAUGAUUGCCGACCUGGCUGGGGAGUGGGAGAGCGACGACGGGGGCUCGUCCAAGUCGCCCGUCUUCUUGGCCGGCGACCUCAACUCGGACGACCAGAACCAGGCGUACAAGACCCUGGCGACGAGGAUGAGGGAUUCAAGGGACCUCGUGCCGAGAGAGAGGUUGCAUGGCAACACCAAUACGUACACUGCAUUCACAUCGCUGCUGACUUGGGACGACAAGCGUCUCGAUCACGUGUUUGUCAAGGACCCGUCCGUCGGGGGAUUGCGGUUCAACGGGUAUGCGGUCUUGUCGAAUCGCUUUGACGAUGGGAUAUUUAUCUCGGAUCAUCGGCCUGUGAUUUUGGACGUUGAUCUUGGGGUCUAGAUCUACAGAACUCUAUGAGUAGUCUUGGAUGUGGAAAGAAAAAAAAAAGCAUGUGCCUAUCAAGCCAAAUCAUCCCCGUGCUAAAUAAACCUACGGAUUUUAGGCUGUUUUAUCAAGACAAAUCAUUACAAACAGGUCCAUCCAUCCCUUUAUCUUUAUGGGGAGGGCAGAGUUUUCCGAGUGAAACUUGUAUGGAAAGGGUAAAAGUCUUGUGGGGCAACUACCGUCACAGUGGCGUAAUUUCGACCCUAUUUUUAUAAAACCAAUAGUCAAACCACUUUUUGUUUUUUUCCUUAGGAGCUUGACCCCAGAAAAACCACGCGGGAGCUACUGCUCAACAAAAGCUACCCG